UUAACUGCUUGGUUAUCGUUUUAUGACUGUUCUUUACAACUUAUGUCUGGGCAUUCUUUCCUUUUGUGUUUUCUGACAAUUUUAUUUUGUUUCUUUCAAAAUUUCAGCGCGCCUUUCCUAAUUUUAGCUGUCAUUUGCAUGUUCUCUAAUUCAUGUCAACAUUAGAAAGAAGAAUUUCAUAUUCUUCGAUUGCCAGUUUAGAAAAAGAAAACAAGAAAGUCCACUUGAUAAAUGACUACAAUGGUCCUGUCUGGGAUGAACCUGACAUUCAGGAUGUGUGCACCUCAGACUCUAGAUCAUUGGAACAAGAUUAUGCUUAUGAAUUUCCUAGUGGUUCUGAGGAUUUUCUUGAUGAAGAAUAUGGCUCAAGUCAAGAUUAUUCUAGAUAUGUGCAACAUAGGGCUCCUGAGGUGAACUUGAAAAAUGUGUUGAGUGGGAUAGCUGCGAUUGUGACUGGUCGUAAUAAAGAUCCGAGCAGCUGUAGGGAUCAGCAAUCACCCAGUUCAGAUGUGCUGUUUCUUCGGUCUGAAAAGAAUGGAGAUACCUUCUUGCAGUCUUCAGUUUACAUACCUAGCGCACCGCCACUCCUGGAGCAUAAUGGAACCAACUACAUUGCUUACCAAAAGGUACUAGAAGCUGAACCUCCUGAGUGGCUUCCUGACAGUUCUUCAACAUCUUGUAUGCAGUGCAAUUUUCCCUUCACAGCUCUUACCCGAGGACGACAUCAUUGUCGAUUUUGUGGAGGGAUCUUUUGCAGGGCAUGUUCAAAAGGCAGGUGUUUAAUGCCUGUUAAGUUUAGGGAGAGAAAUCCACAGCGGGUGUGUGACUCCUGUUAUGAUCAGCUAGAUCCGUUACAAGGUGUCCUAAUAAAUACUAUCAGCAAUGCUGCGCAAGUUUCUAAGCAUGAUGUUGUAGACUGGACUUGUACGAGAGGGUGGUUAAACCUUCCGGUGGGAUUGUCCAUGGAGCAUGAAAUAUACAAGUCUUCAAGCACAUUAAGGAGUUACAGUCAGGUUGCGAGAUUGAACCCAGAGAAGUCUAUACCAUCAGCAGUUCUGAAAGGUGCCAAAGGUCUGGCAAUUCUGACGGUUGCCAAGGCAGGGGCGUUGCUUACAUAUAAAAUCGGGACUGGUUUGGUUAUUGCUCGACGUUCAGAUGGAUCUUGGUCCGCGCCAUCUGCUAUAGUUUCUGUUGGGUUAGGAUGGGGUGCUCAGGUCGGAGGUGAGCUCAUGGACUUCAUAAUUGUGCUUCAUGAUUAUAAAGCAGUAAAAACGUUUUGUAGCCGCAUGCAUUUUUCUCUUGGAGCUGGAUGCAGUGCUGCAGCAGGACCUAUUGGGAGGGUGCUGGAAGCUGAUUUACGAGCUAGUGAAAAAGGUUCUGGCAUGUGCUAUACAUAUAGUUGCAGCAAAGGUGCAUUUUUGGGUGUCUCACUGGAAGGGAAUAUUGUAGCAACAAGGCUGGACACUAAUCUACAUUUCUAUGGUGACCCUUACCUCACCACGGCCGACAUUCUUCUCGGGUCAGUUGACAGACCAAAAGCUGCUGAACCCUUAUAUGCAGCUCUUGAAGGCCUUUAUUCUAAAUUUGGGUGAUAGGCUAGGAUAAUAAUUGUUUUUACUCGUUAUCUUGAAGCAUUUCAUAGGAGCUGGAAUUUUAUCUGCCAUGACGAUGAAGUGCACUGUCAAUUUAAAGGUCCUUGGGUGAUGUGAAUAUUUUCUUACUCCGUAUAUAAGCUAUUUGGUAGGAUGUCAUGUACAGAGUCUUGCUAGUUACACAUUAUCACUGCCAUAAGGUGGUUAUAGUAGAAUUCAGUUAGACUUUAGUGCUUAAACUCUGUUAAUUUCUAUAAUCUGAAUUAUGGAGUAUGGUUGAUUUGUU